ACAGCUGUGUCAUUGGUCGGUGUUUGAAUGGGAACAGGAAAAUAUUUUUUCACAGUUAGCUAAUAAGGAGCUAACCAUCGAGUUGACCAGAACCAGAACCAUCGAGUUGAUAUAAUCGAGUAAGCUUUAAUUCACUGAGUACCCGGAUGUAUCAAUCGAGCGAUGACGUGAAGUUUGAAGUCUGAUCGAUGCGACUGAAAUGGCUUCAAAAUAAUCAUCCGACGAGGCAGGAAUCAUUCUGAUGAAGGGGCAUCUUCAGCUGGCAGGAUGCAGCAGAAAAGGAACAUCCAGAUCAUCGAGUGGGAGGACCUCGACAAAAGGAAGUUCUACUCUUUCGGGGUGUUCAUGACAAUGACCAUCCGGGCCACUGUCUAUCCGGCCACACUCAUCCGCACUCGGCUUCAGGUGCAGCGGGGACAAUCCCUCUACAACGGCACCUUCGAUGCCUUCUUUAAGAUUCUGCGGGCGGAGGGCGUCCGUGGCCUUUAUCGCGGCUUCAUGGUUAACACCCUCACGCUCAUCUCCGGCCAGGCUUACAUCACCACCUAUGAACUGGUUAGGAAGUACGUCUCCCAGUACUCUGAGGACAAUACAGUCAAGUCUCUGGUGGCGGGCGGCGCAGCCUCUCUGGUUGCUCAGAGCAUCACUGUUCCCAUAGAUGUUGUGUCUCAGCAGCUCAUGAUGCAGGGCCAAGGCGAGCACCUCACCCGCUUUCGUCUGAAUUCUAACACUGAGAAGGGAAAGCCCAAAAAAGUGUUCGGCCAAACCAGGAACAUUAUGACCCAGAUUUUUGCUGCUGAUGGCUUCAGGGGCUUCUACAGGGGAUAUGUGGCUUCUUUACUAACGUAUAUCCCAAACAGUGCUGUCUGGUGGCCUUUCUAUCAUUUCUAUGCUGAGCAGCUCUCUCAGUUGGCUCCCAGUGACUGCCCUCAUCUGAUUCUACAAGCCACAGCGGGACCUCUGGCUGCUGCUACUGCCUCAACUGUCACCAACCCGAUGGAUGUGGUCAGAGCCAGAGUACAGGUUGAAGGGAGGACUUCAGUCAUGGAGACGUUCAGGCAGCUGAUCAAAGAGGAGGGCGCCUGGGGACUGACCAAAGGACUGUCUGCUCGCAUCAUUUCCUCCACGCCCACCGCCAUCGUAAUGGUGGUUGGCUACGAGACGCUAAAGAAACUGAGUUUGAGGCCCGAGCUGGUGGACUCGAGACACUGGUAGAAGAAACCUUGACACACCAUAUAUGGACCAUGUGCCAUUUUAGCCCUCACAUUAGACUUAGACGAGAGAGAGGUUUGUUUUAAAUAACAGCCCAGGGAACAAAAUGGAAACACUUUAAACAAACACCUGCGUAAUGCUUUACCUAGUAUGUAGUAGUUGAACAUUAUUCCAGAUUGAUUACAUAACCAUUAACAUUCACACCAGACUGAGGCUUGUUUAGUGCAAUUGAGUGUUUUGAAUGAGAUGUUUUCACAUGCAGAUACAGAUGCAGACAAGUUAAUGAAACCAUAAAUGAUUCAUUUUCAAAAGAAAGGCUGAUGGGUAGUAGAGGUGUGAGUAAAAAUUAGAUUUAUGUAAAAAUCGAGAUCUUACCUUCUGAGAUUUUAAAUAGAUUCAUAACUUCCAAAAUAGUUGUUUUCUUUUUUUGUUUGUGUGGCUAAUCAGUCACUCCUUGCUAAGAGAUAAAGCUCGCUCUUUAACUCAGCAGGAUGCCAAAUGGAGCAACAAGAAAUCCAGCCAGUCCCACAGAUGACUGGAGUGGAUCCUGAAGUAUUUACUAAUUCAUAAAUAGACUUUGAAUCAUGAAUCCAGAUUAGAUUCUGAAUCGAAUCGUGAACCCAAGGAUCGAAAUCUAAUUGUGAGACACCCAAAGAUUCCCAGCCCUAAUGAGUAGUAUAUCUGAUUUUUUUUUUUAAUCAGAUGUUAAAAAUUAAUCUAAGUGACCACUAAUGAACCAUUAGAAGUUUGUGGUGGUGUAGGGACUCGUGUUUUCUGUAUUUUCUUUGCCUUGUCACCGCCUCUGUAGACAUGGACGCGUCCAGACAAACAUGGAAAAACAUUUAUUAUAUAUAUAUAUAUAUAUAUAUAUAUAUAUAUAUAUAAAAAACAUAUGUUAGGUUUCUGUGAUGAACACCUUGUUGUGUUUCUUGUGUUACUCAAGAGCACAACCUUUUUAACACGAUUUGAAUUUGAUACUAGCUGCUUCCGAUUGGGUUACACGUUCACCAAAGAGAAAACAAAGCAGAGCCCAUUUUAAGGAAACAUGGAGCAACACAGCAAACAGUGCACAGCGUUUGAUUGAUUGUGAUCGAAUGCUGCUGUUUGACUGAAGAGUGCAACCUUCACAAUCUCUCUCUAUGCUUUUGAGAAAAUAAGAUUCCUGACACAUUUUAAACUCAUUUUUUGUGCUACUAGUGAGAUGGUUAUAAUAGUAAGCUGUGUUUGCAUCCAUAUGAACAGCUGGCUGUGAUCAGAGUUCAGACAUGAAUGUUCAAACUGUCCCUGUCCUUACACGCUGGCUUCUUUGUCUAUCCUGCAUUUCCUCUAUGUCUGCCUUUUUAAAUUGCUGCCUUCAUCGUCUGCUGAAAGUCAAGAGAAGAACAUUAGAUUAUAGAACCGUCGUUUUGUGGCAGCGUCUGUGUUUGUAUUUAAUUGGCAUUUGUCUUGAAACCUUUACCGACUGAAUCAUAGAAGGAAAACAGUAAACAUACAGUACAAUAUUCUCCUCUGCACUCCUGUAACAUCUGCUGACUGUAGAAGACAUUGCAGUGAUGGAGCUGGUGAAUGAACAGCAGAUUUAGUUGCUGAGCUGCUUUUUCAAACCCGAGAGCUGAAGGAGACCGAAAUUACGAAAGCAGGAGUAAUGCAGUUUCCCUGUUGUGUCACUAACAUUCUGAGUGCAAUAAUGUAAAUGUUUUAUUACCUUCAGCACAAAAAUGUGAUUGUAUAUUUCCUGUAAAUUGUGUGAAAAACAUGUUGAAUGAAAUGUGUUGGAAGUGAAUUUCUUUUCUGGUCCAUGUUUCUGGGAUUAUGACCACUGAAGUAUCCAAACGUGUUGUUACAUUCUGUCUGAUCUUACCUGGUCUGACAUGCAGAAUGUGGCUUUUGAGGAAAGUUUAUGCUUUUUAAAAUCACAUAUAUAUAUAUAUAUAGUAAACAUUUAACUGUGACGUAACAUGUCACAUUUUUGAGAUGGGAAUCACAGAAUGGGCUGUAUUGGAUGAAUAGAGGCAGUUCUUAUCUGAACUCAGGUCUAGAUGAACUCUGGUACAUCGUUUGGAUUCAUUAGCAGUUCUAACACAUUUUCAUGCAGUGAUACACAUACACUUCUUCAAUUGUUUUUCCCUUUUCAAGGUUUCUUUUACUAAAACCUGUGAGUGGUGUGUGAGAGAAGGGAAUCGAACAAACUGCUGGAAUAAAAUUGAACACAGUUGUUGAUCAUUUUCUUUGCACAGCUCUCAAAUCAAAGUGGGAUUGUGUGAUUUGUCUUCUGUGGUGAAUCAGAACCUGACUGACAGAAACGUAACACAUUUUGUUUCACACCAUGGUUCAUCUCUGUGUCUGGUUUGUUCGGUAAAUAAAACGUUAAAUGGUAAAUUGA